CACUGCAACGACGGGACCAACUACGAGACUCGUCCUCAACUCUGGCAGCUGACAGCGAAGAGUCAUUGAUCACGAGACAUUGGACAUCUUUUCACUCCUGCCUGCAUUCACGAGCAGAGAUCAUCGGCUUGUGACUUUCCCCAUAUCUCAGACCAUCCAUUAGAUCUGCCUUCCGAACAUCAAUUAGCACUUCCAAAAAGCAAAUCUCGCCAUCCUUCGCUGCACAUUCUUUGGCCUGCACGAACACCGCCAUCAUCAUGGCGACUUCCAUCCGCCUCCGAGUCCGAGGCCCUCAAGGAGUGGCGACGGUGACCAUCAACAAUGACGCCUCCUGGAGCGACCUCAUUCACGAGAUCUCCGAGAAGAGCGGAGUCGCCGACUUUGACCUCAAAUACGGAUAUCCACCUCAGCCUCUGAACACCGAGUCCAUCAGUCCAGACAUGAAGCUAUCCGACUUCCCUCAGAAACUCAACGGCGAACAACUCAUCGUCAUGCCGCGAGCUAUUCAAGCCAAACUCUCCAGUCCUCUUGAAGGAACAACAAAGAACCAACAAAACGUCGAAACGUUACCCAAAGCGAGUUCAUCAUCAGCACCAUCCCACAAGUCCGGAGACUUCCCAGACAAACCACUAAACCUCACGAGAAAGAAGCAAAACCUCGACUCUGACCCUCCCGAAGUACAAGUCCCUCUCCUCGACGGAGUCAUGGUUCUGCGCGUGAUGCCCGACGACAACUCCUGCAUGUUCCGAGCAUUGUCCUCCGCUGUCCUCGGCUCCGCCCUCGACGGCAUGACCGAACUUCGCUCUGUCGUCGCGCAGACCAUCCAAUCUCAACCAGAGCUCUACACCGAAGGCAUGCUCGAGAAGAAACCCACAGACUACUGCCAGUGGAUCCAACGCGAAGACAGCUGGGGAGGUGGCAUCGAGCUUUCGAUUCUCAGCCAGCACUUCGAUAUUGAGAUUUGCAGUAUCAAUGUGCAAGAUUGUCGAGUGGACAAGUUUAAUGAGGGGAAGGCUACGAGAUGUCUGUUGGUGUAUUCGGGGAUUCACUACGAUGUGUGUGCGGUGGCGCCUUAUAGUGGUGCAGAUCCGGAGUUCGAUCGCAAGGUGUUUGAAGUGGUUCGAGUUGAUGGCGAGGAGGAGAUGGAUGGAGGGGCGUUGGCUGGAGCGCUGGAGCUGUGCAGAGGAUUGCAGAAGCGGCAUUACUUCACGGACACGCAUGGGUUCAAGUUGAAGUGCAAUCAGUGUGGUCAGGGAGGAAAUGGGCAGCAGUGGGCUGUUCAGCAUGCGAAGAGUACCGGGCAUGGUGAUUUUGGGGAAGGGUGA